AUGGAGGCCUGCAGCUGCAACCUGCACGCCCGGCGCUGCCGCUUCAACAUGGAGCUCUACAAGCUGUCGGGACGCAAGAGCGGGGGCGUCUGCCUCAACUGCCGCCACAACACGGCCGGCCGCCACUGCCACUACUGCAAGGAGGGCUACUACCGCGACAUGGGCAAGCCCAUCACCCACCGGAAGGCCUGCAAAGCCUGCGAUUGCCACCCCGUGGGCGCUGCUGGCAAAACCUGCAACCAAACCACCGGCCAGUGUCCCUGCAAGGACGGCGUGACCGGCAUCACCUGCAACCGCUGCGCCAAAGGCUACCAGCAGAGCCGCUCCCCCAUCGCCCCCUGCAUAAAGAUCCCCGUGGCGCCGCCCACCACUGCAGCCAGCAGCGUGGAGGAGCCGGAAGACUGUGAUUCCUACUGCAAGGCCUCCAAAGGGAAGCUGAAGAUUAACAUGAAAAAGUACUGCAAGAAGGACUAUGCCGCCGGGCCACAGGAGCAGAUCCACAUCCUGAAGGCAGACAAGGCGGGGGACUGGUGGAAGUUCACCGUGAGCAUCAUCUCCGUGUACAAGCAGGGCGCGAGCCGCAUUCGGCGCGGUGACCAGAGCCUGUGGAUCCGCUCGCGGGACAUCGCUUGCAAGUGCCCCAAGAUCAAGCCCCUCAAGAAGUACCUGCUGCUGGGCAACGCGGAGGACUCGCCGGACCAGAGCGGCAUCGUGGCCGACAAGAGCAGCCUGGUGAUCCAGUGGCGGGACACGUGGGCGCGGCGGCUGCGCAAUAGCGCUCAGGAAAUGGGUAUCGACUUUCUUGGGUUGGCCCCAGGUUGGAAUGAGAUGGAAAUCGAGAAGAUUCUGAGCAAUCAGGAAAUGAUCCCUCCAGGAAACUGA